AUGAGUGCAUCCGUGGAACUUUUACGUGAGAAAGGUACGACAUUGUCAAACGACCAAUUGAAUGCGUGCUUGAAUGGCAUUAUGCACGAUCUAACAGUGGUCAAAGAUGCAAAUAAUCAACAAACAUUUAUUGAAAUGUUGACCAGUGUCAUUCGAGUGCUCACACCAAUGGAUCCUCCCACCAGUUAUAGUAAUCAUCCGCUAAUCAUCAACGUCUUACGUGACAGUUUUAUCGAUUUUCUUAAGCAAGAAAGGAAUGAAACUGUGGAACCUGUACUGAAAGAACUUUCUGAUUUCUUUCAACAACGCGCCGCAUCAUCCUUAAAGGCGAAUAACGAUACCAGACAAAUGCUAACUGAUGCGCUCGUGGUGUUCCUCGCCGGAACAGUUUCCACUUACACGCUCUUCGCAUUCUGCAACCUUUCUGAUAGUUUGGAUUCAACAAAAACUCCACUUGAUUAUUCGCUCCAUGUCCUCUUGCAUACGUUAGAGAACUGCAAAAAUGGCAAUGACACUGUUACAAGACUUGACGUAAUCAUCGACUGCGUUUGUUCUUCCACGUUCAUUAACACUUUCCGUUCUUUACACUCAAAUGAAGACAAUCUCACAGAGAAUCAGACACUGUUACUGAUUGACUGUGUGACGAAUGUUUAUCAGUACAAUAAUCUUGACACAGUAACUUAUUUAAUGAAAAGUAUUGCUUCUCGUAUGCUACCCAAGUAUGCUCAACUCCUACAUGAAUUUGUACCACCACGAAAACCGACACAUAUAAAUGUGUUGCAUCAUUUCCUUAAGAUGCUUCAAUUUUUGGCAAUCGAUAAUGAUACAAGACAUGAGUUUGCUGACGAUCAUGCGUUGAUGAUAGAUUCACUUCUUGCUAUUUUACAAGAUGAUUUUUUGCAGGAAAAAAUUAAUGACAGCGAUACUAAUGGGCUAAUCGACAAUACGACAUCCUAUUUUUUCUUUAUUACGCUAGAAUCUGAUCUUCUACCACUAAUAAAAACUAAGCCGAAUGUGGCCAAAUGCAUGUUAAAGUUGACAACAGCAAAAAGUGAUGUAACACAACUCAAUGCCUAUCGUACAUUGGCGAUAAUUAUGACUGAAGAUGAAUUAAAAAGCCUCGCAGAACCUGAAAAAAUUACGACUGUAUUCAUAAGACACCUGAACUACUCAAUUGAUGUCAUACAACAACGUCGCCGUCUUGAAAAUCUUCUACUCUGUCUGAAAAGUCUGGUUCAACACGAACAAAUCCGAGAUGAAUUUGCUAAAUCUGGAUCUGGCCUUCCACUGUUGAUCCGUUGUGCUACUGAAUCCAAGUUCGAUUCGACGGUCGUCAAACAGCGAUCUUUAGAACUACUUCUCGUAAUGACCUUCAACAAACAAGCAGAGAAUGCGAUUCGAAGCAAUGCCAAAUUUAUAGCUCACAUUGAAAUUCUAUCGCAUUCCGAAGAAGUAGGUCUACAGCGCGUUGCCGAAAGUGUUUUAUGGAAACUAGCAAACAAAGAUCCGAUUGAAACAGAUACGCAAGAAAAGAAAAAGCAGAAUGAAAGUGACGAAAAUACUUCGCGCAACAAAAAUAACGGGGAUGCUCCUUCGACAAAUAAUCAGCAUGAAUACGAUAUUAUGAUAAGCUAUUCACAUCAGGACAAAGAACUAGUCUACCAGAUUGGCAAACGUCUCGAAGAGGACAACUUUCGCAUUUGGUUGGAUCGUGAUAAUAUGUACGGUUCUCCAACUCGGGCUAUGGCUCAUGCCAUUGAAAAUACUGAUUUUGUUUUCAUUUGCAUGUCGGAUUCCUACAAAAAAAGUGGUUACUGCGAAAUGGAAGCACACUAUGCGUAUCAAAAACAACGUCGCGUCAUUCCACUUAUUGUUAAAGGUCCAUAUCAUGCGGAUGGAUGGCUUGGUCUCCUUACCACGAACAAAAUGUACAUUGAUUUUCACAAGGUUAGCAACUUUGACGAAGCAUACAGCAAGAUCAUUCAAGAAAUCAGUCGACAUCGAGGCAAGUCAAUCCCAACCAUGUCUACACCGGUUGGCAACCACGGGCCAGCUCCACACAGUGUCGACAUAAAGCCUGCUACAGUCGUUACGGCUCCUCUACCUCCUCGAACUUUAUCUCACACACUCACUCUUUGGUCCGAAGACGAUGUUAAGUACUUUUUUCAAAUUAAGCAGCUUCAGGCAAUGUUGCCAAUAUGUGCAGGGAUGGAUGGAUCGACAUUAUCAGGACUAUAUACAAUGUGUCGGACGAACUCUAACGCAAUGUAUGAUUCACUGAAAGCGGAACUAACUGAAUCGAAUUCAAAGAUAUUACCAAUUGUAACGUAUCUAAAGUUCUUGGAAGAAGUAAAAAAAUACGUACCCAUUACGCCUGGUAGUGCAAACGUUGCUUCGGUGGUCUGUAAUCUGAUGUAG